AAGACCUUUUUAAUGCCGUCUUGAAUGAAAUUUAAGACUGGAAUUUUUAAAAAAAUCCUAUAAAUACAAGCAAUGGUUAGGGAUCCCGCUGUACUAGAACCUCAAUGACAAUCAUUCAAGUUUACUUAUUGUCAGUUUAUUAAACAAACUGAUACAAUACUGAUCAAUACAAAACACUGCUUUGCCAACGAGACUUGGCGUGAGUAAAAGCACAUUGCAUUUGGUCAAACACAUAAAAUUACAAGUGCAAUAACAGUACUAUAUGUCAACGACAAAACACUGAACACACACUCAGUGUUCAAGAUCCAUAACACCUCGGAUUUGAGUGUUGCUGUCCCACCAAAGAUAACCGUCAGGUCAGUGCUGCUAGCACCGGCGGUAGCAGCAGCAGCAGCGGUUGUUGCUAGCUGGGACGCUAGACCCACACAAAAAUGAGAGAUGCCCGGCGUUUGUUUUUGACUCUCUGUCGCCAUUUUAUGCUUAGCGCCCUGCAUGUGCGAUUCGACCGCUUUAAUUUCCCAUGGUGCCGAGUUUGAAAUCCUUCUUGCAAAGAAUGCACCUGGCCUCCUCGAGAUUGGCAACAGGUUUCAACCAGCUUUGAAACCAACUGUCCUCCAGCCAACACUGCUUAAAUUGCACUUACCCAUCCUGACUGACCGGUGACGCGAGGAAGAAAGGAAAGAAGGAGUCUGCGCGUGACUGAAAUUAAACUUCCGGCACAACUUUUACGUUACUCAAAGUCCCCUGAGUAAAAAAAAAAAAAACAGACCCGACAAUUUAAGACCACUGACUACUGUAUUUAAGGAAUUUCUAAUGAAUUUAAGACAUUUUAAUGCCUUAAUUUUAGAUACACGAAUUUAAGACUUUUUAAGACUUUUUAAGGAUCCGCGGGUACCCUGAUAUGAACCCAUCUAUCUAUGUCUGUACCUAAACCUGUACCUAAACCCUAAAAAAACAAUGUGCACCUCAUUUUAUUAACAAUUUUUUAAUAUUGUUUUGGUCAUUUGAUCUAAACAAUCUUUGAUUGGAUUCACAAAGUUUUCUUAUGUUUCUUUGCUGCUUUGAAUUUUAAAAGUAAAUGUCAAUAUAAUGAAACAAACUAUUAACUGGCCACUGAACCCUGAACACAGCUGCUUCCAAACAUGGAGACAUGGAUGACUAGCAUUAGCACAUCGGUCAGAUAAAGAUCAAUCAGAGUGAAGAAACUGUUUCCUCCGACGCAUGAAGCAGCAAAAACCCAGCGGCCGACAAGUUUCAAAACAGUGAUCAGUUCUUCACAGGCCACUGAAGAGCACAGCAGUUGACCCUCUUUGUCCAGAGUCCUCACAAUGGCAUCACCCUUCCUGUCCUGUGUCGCCCUCUGUGUCAUCAUAUCUGUCACUUUAGUCCUUGGCCUACCGCCUACUGAGCCUCCACUGAUCCAUGACCACCCCUUUGUGGCUAUAUGGAACGCCCCCACUGACCAGUGUCAACAACUUCACAUCCCACUGGACACGGGAGCCUUCCAGGCGGUGACCACACCUGCAGCUAUUUCAGGUCAGUUUCUCACCAUCUUCUACGAGGACCGCCUUGGCCUUUACCCUAAAGUUGAUACCAUCAAGCGUAAACGCUACAGAGGUGGAGUCCCCCAAAAUGGCAACUUGACGGAACAUCUGGCCAAGGCCCAGAACCAAAUAGAUCACUAUAUCUCCCAGGAUUCCUCUCCUGGGUUGGCUGUCAUUGACUGGGAGUCCUGGCGUCCCCUGUGGGAUCAAAACUGGGGAUCAAAACGUAUUUAUCAGAAGUUGUCCAUCGCUCAUGCUCUGCAGAUGGCCCCAUUUCUAUCAACAAAGCAAAUUUCCGAACUGGCAAAGAGCCAGUUCCAGCAUGCUAGCCGCCGUUUCAUGGAGAAAACCAUUAGCCUUGGCAUCGGUGAGCGUCCAAGUCGUCGCUGGGGUUUCUACCUGUUUCCUGACUGCUACAACUAUGGAUGGGAGAAGUCCGGCUACACAGGGAAAUGCUCCACGAGGACCCAGAAGCAGAACAACCAGAUGCUGUGGCUGUGGGAACACAGCACCGCCCUCUUUCCCUCCAUCUACCUUCACCUGACUCUGAGGAACUCCCCCCGUGCUGCACUCUACGUCCGCAACCGUGUCCAGGAGGCGCUGAGGGUGGCAGCGCUGCCUAAACGUCCCUACACAGUCCCCAUCUAUGUCUACUCCAGGCCGCUGUACAGGGAUCAGACCCAGAAAUUUCAGAGCCAGACGGAUCUCGUCAGCACUGUUGGAGAGUCAGCAGCUUUGGGAGCUUCUGGGGUUGUAAUGUGGGGAGGCACCAAAGACUACAACAACAAGGCUUCCUGUCAGUCUCUGUCUGAGUAUCUGACAUCCACCUUCAACCCGUACAUUGCCAACGUGACAGCAGCUGCCAUGCUGUGCAGUGAGGCCUUGUGCCAGGGGAAGGGCCGCUGUGUGAGGAAGAACUACGACUCCGAUCACUACCUGCACCUAAACCCUACCUACUUCAAAAUCCUGCGCGCUGCCAAGAAGUACGUGGCUGUUGGUCUCCCUUCUGCUGCAGACCUUGAUGCCUGGGCUGAAAACUUCACCUGUCAGUGCUACGCCAAGUCCAGCUGUUAUCCCAAACUGGUGCAUCCAACCUCAAUCAAACUCAUCUGGGUUUAACCUGGGAGGACAGUAAAAUGUUUCCAGAAGGGUGUCCUCUGAAGAUUUGAUCGAAAAUUAUCUACAUUACAUUAAAAAGCUUUGUGUCUAUUCAAAAUAUUCAAAAAAAUUUCUGUGGAAAAUCAGAUAUCACACAAAUUCUUGAUUUAUUUGAACUGCAAACUCUAAAAGCUCCUAAAUAAAUGCUUUCCUGAAAAUAA